CGGAGUGGGAUCGGGACUGCGGCGGACAGUUGGACUUAGUGGGCCCAGAAUGAAAAAGGCAGGCAUUGACCUCCCUCUGAGGCAGUUUCAAGGUGUCUUGAGGCGUGCACAGCUCCACCCUCAGCCAUGCGUUUCCUCCUCUUCCUGGGUGCCUUCUGCCUUGUGGCCAUGGCCCUGGCUGCCGAGGUGAAGAAACCUUCCACCGAAGCAGCCCCUGGCACUUCGGAGAAGCUCAGCCCCAAGGCGGCCACGCUGGCUGAGCGCAGUGCCAGUCUGGCCUUCAGUCUGUACCAGGCUAUGGCCAAAGAUCAGGCGGUGGAGAACAUCCUGGUGUCACCUGUAGUGGUGGCCUCGUCGCUGGGGCUGGUGUCACUGGGCGGCAAGGCCACCACCGCAUCCCAGGCAAAGGCCGUGCUGAGCGCGGAGCAGCUGCGGGAUGAGGAGGUGCACGCGGGCCUGGGCGAGCUGCUGCGCUCGCUCAGCAACUCCACGGCCCGCAACGUGACCUGGAAGCUGGGCAGCCGCCUGUAUGGACCCAGCUCCGUGAGCUUCGCCGACGACUUCGUGCGCAGCAGCAAGCAGCACUACAACUGCGAGCACUCCAAGAUCAACUUCCGCGACAAGCGCAGCGCCCUGCAGUCCAUCAACGAGUGGGCCGCGCUGACCACCGACGGCAAACUGCCCGAGGUCACCAAGGAUGUGGAGCGCACGGACGGCGCCCUGCUGGUCAAUGCCAUGUUCUUCAAGCCACACUGGGAUGAGAAAUUCCAUCACAAGAUGGUGGACAAUCGUGGCUUCAUGGUGACUCGAUCCUAUACCGUGGGUGUCACAAUGAUGCACCGGACAGGCCUCUACAACUACUAUGAUGAUGAGAAGGAGAAGCUGCAGAUCCUGGAGAUGCCCCUGGCCCACAAGCUCUCCAGCCUCAUCAUCCUCAUGCCCCACCACGUGGAGCCGCUUGAACGCCUGGAGAAGAUGCUGACCAAAGAGCAGUUGAAGGUCUGGAUGGGGAAGAUGCAGAAGAAGGCUGUGGCCAUCUCCCUGCCCAAGGGAGUGGUGGAGGUGACCCAUGACCUGCAGAAACACCUGGCUGGGCUGGGCCUGACUGAGGCCAUCGACAAGAACAAGGCAGACUUGUCACGCAUGUCAGGAAAGAAGGACCUGUACCUGGCCAGCGUGUUCCAUGCUACCGCUUUUGAGUGGGACACAGAGGGCAACCCCUUCGACCAGGACAUCUACGGGCGUGAGGAGCUGCGGAGCCCCAAGCUGUUCUAUGCCGACCACCCCUUCAUCUUCCUGGUGCGAGACACCCAGAGCGGCUCCUUGCUCUUCAUUGGGCGCCUGGUCCGACCCAAGGGUGACAAGAUGAGAGAUGAGUUGUAGGCCCCAGAGUGGGCGCAGGAUGAUGGCAGGAGGCGGCCGAAGGCUCCUGAGACACAUGGGUGCUAUUGGGGAGGGAGGGAGGUACCUACCAGCUUUCAUAGUCCAUGGGAUGGGGGGGUGGGAAAGCAGACUGGGGUUUUUAUGUGAUCGAGCAGACCUUAUCAGCCAGAAUCCACUCUGCUUGGUCCUGGGCCUCAGAUACCAUGAUGCCAAACCCAGACACCACACACUGUGGAGUCUUGCCCUGUCCUCAGAGUCCCACGUGCCUCAACCAGCCAAUCAGUGUUCCUAUUUAUAGCCAAAACCUUAUCUGUGAGAGACAAUCAAGCUGGGGUGGGAGGGGGUGGCUGCCAGCUCUCCAGUGACACCGCCAUCACUUCUGCCUAUACCCCUCCCCCACUCAGCUUCCCACAACUAUGGAUCUAGGUGCUGUGUCCCUGGGACCAGGCCCUGGCCCCAGCCCCGUGAAUGCAAUUGAGAGAUAGCUUUUAGGAGGGACUGCUGGGCCGAUCCUGGAUGAGCAGCAAAUGAAUUGGACAUCAUGGGGAGAACCUUUUUUUUUUUUGUCUUUUCCUUAGUUUCUCAAAGAUGGGGAAGAACAUGAGCCUUUGUCAACAAAUGAGAACUUUGUACAAAGUUUUUGUUUUUUUUUUUUUUUUUCAAUAAAACUUUUCCAAUGAAACUUU